UGAAUUUUUUAAAACCCAAUGUUUUUUUUUUUUUUGAGUAACGGUUCGUUUUGAUUCAUAAUAGGCUUAGAAGACCAAAAUAAAAGAACACAAAAUAUCUAAAGCAAAGCCUAUAAUGUUUCAACAGAACAGAAAAAGAAAACAAAACCCAACGUAAUCCAAAAACAACUUCCAGUCCCUUCGGUUACCAGCUAUUACAAAACGGCCAAGUCCUCCAAAAUCCGGGUUGAGUUUUACUUAUGGCGUGUGAAAAUUCUCAACCCGGAAUUUUAAAGAGCAGAAGAAAAGGCUAUGGUGGUCAAUCGAAACGUUGGUCAGAAUCUGCCAUUUCCAAAGCUGUUACUGGAGCGUCUUCAACCCAGAAAAAGUCUUCAAAUCUUUUCAACCCUUCGACUGCCAUUGCAUGCGCCGCAAAGUUCCCGUCUCUUGCAAUAAAUUCGAAUCUGCAUGAGGAAAAAUUCCUUGUUAGAGCCUUCGCAUCCCAGCCUGUAUCAACAUUAAUUUUGACCCAAUUCGGAGGAGGGAGCACCCAUUUAUUCAAAUAUCUUAGUCUGGGAUGCUAUAAAAUUGACGAUAUCCACCGAAACUCCCUACCAAAGCCCCUGAUAAAGGUAACCACUCCUUCUAUGCUUUGCAUCUUUUGUUCAUGAACGAAUUUGUUGCGAGAAAACCAAAGUGCCCAAAUUGUAAUUGCAAUUUCAUCUUUCUUGUCACUGGCUGAAUUUUCAAAGAGCCAGUUUAACCAAUUAGUAAAACACAUAACUGCUACUGAA